CCUCUUCAUCUUCAUCUCUCUCUCUCUCUCUCUCUCUCUCUCUCUCGCACAGAAAGGGUUUUACUGUUUUCUCUAAAUCACUAUAUGCUUCAACAGUUACUCCACAUUCAUCAUACUUGAGAAUGUCUGAAUCCGUAGCAGCAGAGCAUGAUUACAUAGGUUUGUCCAUGGAAGCAGCACAAAUGUCUGACAACAAAACCAAAACCAGAGACAACAACAACAACAAAAACGACGACGUUCUGAAUUUCAAAGCAACCGAGUUAAGACUCGGUUUACCCGGUUCUGAGUCACCGGAGCGAGUUGACCAGCGGUUCUUGUCUCUCAAGAGCUCAUGUCCAGUGUCAGGUGCCAAAAGGGUGUUUUCCGACGCCAUUAACGGGUCUACCAAAUGGGUCUUCUCUCCUGGAUCCGCUACUGAUGUCAAAGACAUUAAACCGGCCGUUCCGGUUAAGGAGAAGAAGAGCUCUGCUGCAGCAGCACCUCCAGCUUCCAAGGCACAAGUUGUGGGUUGGCCACCGAUUAGAUCAUUCAGGAAGAACACAAUGGCUUCUUCUCAAUCUCAGAAACAAGGUGGUAGUGAUAAUAAUAACUCAGAGACUGAAGGAGAAGCAAAGUCUGGAGCUGAGCCUUGCUUGUAUGUUAAAGUGAGCAUGGAAGGUGCUCCUUACUUGAGGAAAAUCGAUCUCAAGACUUACAAGAGCUACGUCGAGCUCUCUUCUGCUCUUGAGGAGAUGUUCAGCUGCUUCACUAUUGGUCAGUUUGGGUCUCACGGAGGGUGUGGCCGAGAUGGGUUAAACGAGAGUCGUUUGACCGAUCUCUUGCGUGGUUCUGAGUAUUUUGUUACCUAUGAAGACAAAGACAGUGACUGGAUGUUGGUUGGUGAUGUCCCUUGGGAAAUGUUUAUAUGCUCCUGCAAGAAGCUGAGGAUCAUGAAGAGCUUUGAGGCUAUAGGCUUAGCUCCAAGGGUGAUGGAGAAAUGCAGAAGCCGGAACUAGUUGAUGAUAUAUGAAUUUGUUUUCUAAGUAUUCUUGUGUGCGUGUUUGUGUGCUAAGAGUGAUGUUUGAUCUUUGUUUAAACAGCCUCUCUGUCUCUAAUCCAUCAAAUGGGUUUGUUUGUGUAUGUGUGUUUUUGCUUAGUGAGACUUCAUAACUCAUAUGUAUAAAAAGAUUGUUAGUGUGUAAACCAGCUGCGUUUUAAAACUUCA